GCUGAUGACGUUCUUUGCUCGUGCUUGCCGAGUAGCUGGACCAAAAUUACAUUGGCUGAUUUGCAAGCUUCGGGCGAUUGAGAGGUCGGAUACCGCGUCUGGUAUUGGGAACCCUAGCACUGGCCCUGUCAGCAAUUUAUGGUCUAUGCCAUGUCUUAAUCCGCCGAAGGCCCUUCCUUGUUCAAUCUCACGAAACAGUUUAUCCUGCACACGCUAUCCGAAAUGGCGCCGAAGUUUACGUAUCUUGGGAUGGGCGCUAUGGGACGUGCUAUGAGUAAGAACCUGGUCGAGAAGGGCAACCUCGAUAAGCCCGUUACAUUCUGGAAUCGGACCCACAAAGUAGCCAGCGAAUGGGCUGCUUUUGUUGGACCCGGAGCCAACGCGGUAGAAGAUCUCUUGGACGCUGUCAAAGAUGCCGAUAUCAUAUGGUCGUGCCUAGCGACUCAAGACGCCGUGUUCUCAUGUUUCAGCAGGAUGUUAGACACCAACGUCAGAGGGAAAUUCUUCGUCGAGAGCUCAACUGUCACCUCAGAGGCUUCAAACCGGCUGGCAGAGAGGGUUCGGGAAGCAGGCGCAGAGUUCAUUUCUAUGCCAGUCUUCGGAGAGCCUACAAUAGCCAUGGCUGGCAAAUUGGUAGCUGUCCCAGCUGGUCCCAAAGAGUCGGUCACAAAAAUACUGCCAUACCUGGAAGGCGUGGUCGCUCGCGGCGUUGUCAACUUGAGUGAGCAACAAGUUGGGACAGCAUCGCAUCUCAAGCUCAUCGGGAACGUUAUGAUUCUGAUGAUGAUUGAGGCAGUUGCAGAAACCCAUGUUCUUGCGGAAAAGACAGGAUUAAUGAACGAAGUAAUGCACGACGCCAUCAACAUCCUUUGGCCUGGCGCUGCUGGCGUGUACUCGAGACAGAUGCUAUCGGGGCAAUACUACGUCGAUAACGUAAGUCCGCUGGUGCCCAUCGAUAUGGCCGUAAAGGUUUCCUCGCAUGUAUUAAACCUUGCCGAAGCACACGGGGCCGAGUUACCCGCAUACAAAGCAGUGCGGAGACAAAUCGAGGCUGUAAAGAACCAUUGCGGAUCCCAGGGCGAUCUUUUGGGCGUGUAUGGUGCUGGACGAUUACAGAGCGGAUUGCCGUAUGAGAAAGAGAAGGUACUAAAAGAGGACGGUACAAGAAUGAACUAA